GCACACGCACUUCGUCCCAGCAGACGCUCGCAGCCCACAGCCAGCUGCCUGGAGCUGACGGUCCCGCAAGGCUGCCGCCGCCGCUGCCGCCGCCGCCGCCAGCGCUACCGAGUGAGUGAACAACGAGCGAGGGCCGGAACGCAGAGGCCCGUGGCCCCCAGGCUCGGGCUUAGGGGACCUGUUCAUCCAUGAGCUCAGAUUUCCCGCAUUACAACUUCAGGAUGCCUAACAUUGGAUUCCAGAACCUGCCUCUCAACAUAUAUAUCGUGGUUUUUGGCACUGCUAUAUUUGUCUUCAUCCUAAGUUUGCUCUUCUGUUGCUACUUGAUUAGGCUAAGACAUCAAGCACACAAAGAAUUUUAUGCUUACAAACAGGUUAUAUUAAAAGAGAAAGUAAAAGAAUUGAAUUUACAUGAGCUCUGUGCCGUGUGCCUAGAAGACUUCAAGCCUCGAGAUGAGUUGGGGAUUUGUCCGUGUAAGCAUGCCUUCCACAGAAAGUGCCUUAUUAAGUGGCUGGAGGUUCGGAAAGUGUGUCCACUAUGCAACAUGCCAGUUCUGCAGCUGGCCCAGUUGCACAGUAAGCAGGACCACGGACCCCCACAGGGACCCCUUCCCGGGGCAGAGAACAUUGUGUAAGCUCACCACAAGGAUCAAACGGUUGCGGGAUCCCAUGUCUGCAUUGAAGCGGGAGGAACACAAGUGUUCUCUGUGUUGGCUGCUCUACCUGGGGCACCAGCUGCCACUUCCUUUGUCUCAUGAAGAACUCUUGGGCCAACUAAGCUGAGAACCCAGACUUCUGGGUCUUGUGACAACCAAAGCACGCUGACACUACCCCACGUCAAGAGAAGUUGAAUGAGCCUGCGGGUUUCAAGAAACUUCAUGAGUCUCUUGCUGACUCAAUUACAUGCUGUCUCCCAGACACUUAUCUCCAUGUAAGGUGAAUCUUUCUCAAGCAAGAGGGAAGAUAAACACAAAUAUUAGAGAAGGGAACUGAGAGCAGGUCUUUAAAGCCACCAACCCCCACCCUGUGGACAGAUGAGCUUCUAUGCAGACUGUGCAUGCCUUAGCCGCAGCAAACCUUCCUGGCAGCCCCUGAGCCAAGUAAAACCAGCGGUUACCUCAGCCGAAGCAUGACCGGUUGCCUGGUUGGUGAGGCAGUGCCAACGAGGCUUUCCUCUUACGUUCCUUUGAUAAGGCCAUCUUGAAACCUGCCAUUUCUUCUUCUUUUCCCACCCCCACUUCAUCAGUGAGGCAGGGCCACACUGCCCAUCAGGAGCCUCAGCAGGGGGUGGGUCUCUGAGCCCAUGCUGUCUCUGUGUGACCCAGGGUUCUCAGAGUGCUGCCCACACACCCCCAUGUGAGGUGUGGCUCCAGCACAGCUGCUGGUCUUGACCCACUGCCUUGGUAGGAGCCACUGGGAGCCCCUCAGACAGCUAAGAAUGGCUAGUCCUCCUGGCCCUGUUGCAAUAGGAUGAUUGUGACCCCCUUGCCUCUCCCCUUGUUCCUUCCCUUUGUUCUCUUCCCUCUCUUGCCCUAUCUGUUUCUGCUUCAGAGAAAAUGCCCGUUAUCGACCUAACAAUUUAAAGCAUCCCAAAUAAGAUCCCCCUGUUCUUCCUUACACAGGGAUCCACUUGAAAUUGUAAAUAGUAUCAGGAAGCUCCUGCAGGGCUGUUUGCUCAUUGGUGUGUGCCUCAGUAUUCAGACUUGCGAAAGCUGAAAGUGUCUUUAUAGGAGAGCAAUGCAUGCUAUUCUUUGGUUCUUUCUGUCCAACUUUUCUAGAAAUGACUCAGAGUCCGUUAGGACUCAUGAAUGUUGUGUAAAUUAGCUAAGAACUUUCUAGUUCUUUUCCUCAGUCCUGUUCUCCACCUCCUCCUUUUGGAGGGAUGGGCUCCUCCCCAGCAGCUCCCUCUGCUCCCUCAGUGGUGUGAGUGGGGCAGUUGCUCACUAGAAAUACCAUCUGCAUGGCAGAGAGAGAGAAUGGAGGAAGCUUUGCAAUUCUGUUCGUAGCAUGUCUCCAGCAAUGUUUUCUGGAAUCCAGCCUGUACUGUCCUAGAAUGGGGAAGGGAACCUGGUGGCUGGGGUUAAAGGAUGAGGAAAAUUCCCAUUAGCCUAGAAAAGUGCUGGGCAGAAUCCAGUUUGGAAAAUUACAAAUCUAGUUGGCCCGAAUUGGCUGUUCCCUGUGUGUGACCUGUCGUAUGGUAUUCCUAUGGCAUGCCAACUGGACUGUUUCUUAAACAAAGCAAGGAAAGUGUAAAAUAUUUUUAUAUGAAAGCCUUAGCCUGUUUGGCACCCAUGAAAAGAACUUUAUUUGUACACUCAGAUUUUCACCCUGUUUCUGCAUUCUGUUUGUAGCACAAUAGAGCUGAAUGCUGCAAAGCAUCCAGUUUACAGUGGAAUGUUUUCAGUGACCAGUGUCAGAAGGCUUGCUUCUGGACUAGCCUCAUUAGUGACCAAUACCCACCAUUUUCCAUGAAAUGGCCAUGGGACAAAUGUCAUCUUGUCUUUACGAGGUUUGAAAAGGAAAGAGAACUUUUCCCCUCAGAGGAGGAAUGCUUGUGCUCUGCGCUGCAGUGUUUCGACUCCAUUUUUGUAGGAUUAUAGCCUUUCACUUGCAGCCUUUUCCACAGCAGUGUCAGUACCAAGGAGACAGUGCCUCACCAAGUCCCUGUGUUUGUAGGGUGGCAAGCGAGUUCAUUUUAUUGUGUCACAGCUAAAAGCAAACUGAUGUGGUUGGUGCACACUGGACCAGAGGAGGAAAGCCAGAUAGUUUGAAGAAGAGCUCAAGAGUGCUGUGCACUCUCCAUUUGGCACCGUUUUGCACCGUGAGGUGCCACCACCAUGACCUCAACACUUGUGAAUAUGGAGGGCUUUUAAAAUGCAGCUCUUCCACUAGGAUGGGGCUGGACAUUGGAGUGCCAACUGCCCACUCUGCUCAUAGUUAACCCCUUUCUUGGCUUGGUGUCCUACCACAGCAUGGCCGUUCACUUGACAAUAGCUCUUGCAACUCUUAGAACACAAUCUGAAUGCAUUUGCCACCCACGUUGGGGUCUUCCUCCAGCACUUACCUGUGCUGCACUGCUACAACUGCAUGUGGGGUUAUUUACAUCCUCCUUACAUUCUGAUGAAAACCAGUUUUGUGUGACAGACAAGGUUAAAUUUCUAUGUGGAAUCUUUAAGGAGUCAAGGAUUUCUUGAUACCCUUGGCUCAGGCUCACACCUCAGUGAAACCACUCUGUCCAAAUCUGUCCAAGUUGUGGGUGGCCCAUUGUUAAUCUUUAGACACAUGGAGGCUCUGGUCUGCUUUUGGGCCACUGGCUAUUGACAUGGUGACUUUUUUACUUAGUCUAAACGCACCUUAAGCAGCUCCAAAACUGGAUGUUAUUUGUGUGCCAUGGGUUAGCAGAACAGAGCUCAGCCCCAACUGGUUUCCACUGGUGGCCCAAUCGUUAUCUAAUGUUGCCAGGGGCACAACUGAAUGCAGCGGGCUUUAGAAACAGAACAAAACCAGCCCGACUAGAUUCCUGGUUUUUGUCUGCCAUUUUACUUUGCCACCAGGUGAUCUGAUUACGCCUGCUCCAGAAGCCGGACAAGACAGAAAUGGCCAAUGGACAACGGUGGCCCAUGGGGAGGUCUGGGCUGAGGGAUGCAGGGGACCUCCCACCACGGCCUGAUGCCUGUUCUUCACUGGUCUUGACAAGUGAAAAGCUUUCUCCCCAGUGCCAAGCUCUUUGGAGCCUUGAUCUCAGGCACUUUGCACAGCCCCACUCCAGUGUGUCAUCUCCAUGGCCUGAACCUACUCUGCUCAGCUAAUGACUAUAGUAAUUACUUUUUUGAGGGGCUUUCUGGGAAUUAUGAAGUGCAGAGAGGUAUCCCCAGAGCACUGGACAGAAAAAAAUGAGUGAUUUGAAUCAUCUAUCACUUACCCAAGGUGCCUCCCUACCAGUUAGCUCUCAGCCUGUUUCCUUAUCCAUCACCCAGGGAUUAUAAUGGUAUUUUUACUGGCUCUGCAAGGAUUAGCUGUGUCCAGAGCCUGGAAGAUGACAAGUCUGCAGGUCAUUUGGGGAGGGGGCAGGGAGUCCCAGGUCUGCUGGCUCCCCCCUUCUUCCCCUUCCUGAUGUUCCCUAGUCACCUCCACCUGGAUCACCCAGUGCUUGGAUUUGUUGCUUACUGCCGAAUUACUUUUUAAACUUGAGUAAGCAAUCCCUUUACAUGGUUCAUAAAUCAGUUUGUCUUCCUUGAAUCCCUGACCUCCAGCAAACCGAGCUUCUUACCCCUGGAGAAUCAUUUUGUUCCUCACAUAUCAUUCCUGAGUUGCUCAUUUAUGUAUAUACGAGCAACACUUGUGUAUGCGUGUGUAAUUUUUCUUUCUCCCUCAUGUGAUAACCAGAGUAUAUUCAAGGAGCAUUCCUAUUCAUGUGGGAAGAGCUGUACCGUAAGUCCAAAUGUCUGUAAAUGAUGAGCCCAGAAGUGGUGGGUGAUUUUGUAAUCACAUUCCUUUUGAAUAAGCAUUUUUGAUUGCAGCACACUGGAAUGGUUUUCUAUACAAAAAUCAGUAACUGUAAUCCCUCCCUGGCCUUUACCACAAAUGUCUGGACAAUAUGGGAGCACAACCAGUCUCCAGAUUUCUGAUCUGUGUCAGGCCUCUCAUCGGGGUCCAACAGCUUUGCAGCCACCUGGACAGGCCACCCCCACUCCAUCUUGGCCAAUUCCAAGUGAUGCCUGAGUCCAGCAGUGAUGUCUGUUAACUCUUGCUUUCUUAGGUGGGCACCCACGUUUUUGAGGCAGCAGUUUGAGCAGCAGCAACUGAAGGCCGCAGCACCUCUUUUGUGGGGCAGAUGUCUCAGGUGUUGCGAAGUAGCUGGUCCAUCUCAGAAUCAAUCAGAUGUUCAGGUACAUGGCUGGGCUUCCUUUCUUUCCCCACUCUAUGAACAUCCCCCUCAAAAAAAAAAAAAAGCUUCCCGCAUUUUUCCUCUUACCAGUAAUCAUUUCUGUAAAAAGUAUCUUGUUCAUUUUUGCUCCUGAAGAUGAAAAUUAAAACUGCUUCCUCUAGGCAGCAGUGGCAGGGAGGACCGUGGACCAUGCCUCAGUCCUCACCCAUCUCCCACGUGUACUGCCUGCCACCCAGAGCUUCCCCAGCAUUCAAAGUGCAUUUGGGCCCCUAACCUAAAACUUGAGGUGCAAUUGCAAGUGAACCCUUCUGCUCUGGCCCUAGGUUAGUUAGUGUCUUUCACACUAGCUAUUAUGAAUUUGAGUAAGAGACAUGUCUAAGUUCACGAUGUAUAAAUUCAGGUGAAAUUUGCAGUUGGUAACUAGAAAAUGCUGUGUCAUGGUUAAGAUUAUUGCACUUCCAUUUGAGAUUAUCAGGAGAAAAAUAGAGGCCUGUUCAAUAAACUUCACUUUUCCAGUUCAGUUUUAGAGACCAAAUUAUUCCAAGAUGCCAAGUUUUACUCUACUUUUAGACCAAGCAUCAGCUCUCUGCUUACCAGUCCAGUGCUCACUUCCAUGGCUGUAGUUGAGGAAAACACCCGGCCUGAGCUGGGUAUGUGUACCUAGACAGUGAGCCACCCACUGUCAAAGGACUUAUCUGUACUCUGAUGAAACUCCUCUGCCAGUACAAGCCUGUGCUUUGGACCAGCUGCACACCAUCCCUGUCUACACCUUCCCUCCCAGGUUUCUCUAGGGCCAGGUAGGCAGAUGGGGCUCCCUCCUGGUGACACCAGUCUUCCAAGACAGUGUUCCUGAGAACUGUCAUCUCUGGGUCUCCUAACAGAUCAUUGCCAUGAAGGAUCAUUUAGUCUUGUAGUUUAGCCCACUGGGGCUCAUUCACUAGAUAUAUAACUCCCUCAAAAAAGGUUUAUGAAAUGCUGAGCUUCAGGUUUCAUAAACGUGUUUGUACACUAAGAGUUCUGCAGCAGAAUAUUUUUAAACAUUCGCAGUUUUUGUAAGGUAUAUUUUUGUAUAUUUAAUUGCUAUUUUAAAGUUUUAAUGCAUUUUUUGCUAAUUACUCGUUUAAAAAAUGAAACAUGCAUGUAAUUGACUUAAACAAAUGUAAAUAAACAGAUUUUGAAAAAUACUUCAUGUUAAUCAUGUUAGUCAAGUACCCAUGUGUGGUCAUCCACACCCCUUUUCAGCCUACUGUAGCAAGAGUUGGAAAGUCAAGGUGAGUACUGAUCAAAUUGAGCUGGUCGCCAGCAAAGGUAAUGGUGAUGAAGGGGCUUCUGGCCUGUCCCCUCCGUGGUGUGGGGUGGUCAGGGGUGGUAAGUAAAGCACUAAGCCAUAGGGAGUGAGAAAGCAGAGAAGCCAAGGCCUCACCUGCCACCCUAGCCUCAGCUUUGCAAAUAUGGCCACACACAAAACAACUAAUUUCCCAAAUACAGAUACUAGUACUCAGGAGGCCUUAAGAGACAGAACUAGCCCAUACCUCGUAUCUCUAUAUCCCAGACCUGCGAGUAACUUGUUAGGGGAAAAAAAAAAUCUGUUGGUUCAAGGUCAUACUGUGGGCAGCUGCUGUUUCUCCUCACCACCCCUCACUAGGACCCAAAGCUUUGGGGAAAUUGUUCCGGUUGAGGCCAUGUCUGGGCCACCUUUAAUCCUCACUUCAGUUGUCAGGAGAGCUCCUCUCCCCUCAGUGUUCUGAGCAACAGAACCCCUCCAGCCCCCUCUCUGACCUCUUCAGUCUCUUGCAGACCUCCCUUCUCUGAGUUGUUAUUCUCACUCUCCCCUGGCAUUCACUCAAUUCCCCCUACAGCUUGCCCACCUACAUGCACAUCAUUCUCAGCUGUUUUCUACAACUCCAAUAUCCAGCUAUUUGGUAUUAAUCACAGCUCAAAACCAAGCAUCCCCAACAAGCCUCAGUGCCCUUUAGAAAGCCUCCCUCCCCCAUACCGAUGAUCACAGCCCAACAGUCAACCCUCUAACCAUUCCUCUCCCCAGCAGACCACCUACUGCUCCCAUCUUGGUUCCUUUAUCACCUGGACCAUGACCACAACACACCGCCUCUGGUGGGGGAGUGUGGGGUGGGACCCUCAAGCAGGCUGGAAAGGACAAUUGCUGGGAUAAGAGAGCAGUGGUUUAGACUACAGUGGUGGCAAUGGUGAGAGUUGAGUUUACAUACCUCUUAAGCUGGGUGGGGGGAGGAGUUUCAGAAGAAAGGAUGUAGACAUUUCUGUGUAGGGAUGGCCUUGGAGAUAAAAGUAGAGAGAAGGGAAGGCAGUCACUGCCUUAGGACUGGAGCUCAAAGGCAAGUGCUGGCCUGGGCAUGCUACCUUGGAAGUUAAGCGUUAAGGUGUGUGCUCAUGACUGCUUAGAGAAAUGAGGACUGCACCUGGAGCUAUUUCAAAUUGUCUUCAAUUUGAAAAUAAGCUGGCAGAGACAGAGGGGCCUGGAAGGAAGAAGGAAAGCCAAGAGAGGUCUACUGCAUUAGAACUGAGGAAGAUGAGGACAUAAAGUGUACACUAAGACUCACUGGUGGACUUAUCAGGAACCAAUCCAUGGAGAGGUAGUGUGAGCUAAGAACCCCCGAAGAGAGGUCAGAGGCAACUUCUCAACAGUGAAUGCCAAGUGGGUCCUAGGAGGUGGAAGGCUAAUGCAAGGGAGGAGGGGGAACUUGGCCUGUAUGACCUCGUGCUAGUUUGCUUUUCUGUUGAAUUGUGGAAAUGACAAAAACUACAUGAGACAACACAUGUAAAAAACACUGGCAGAGCCUAUAAAGGACAGGCAGGACCCACAACAGAGGCCUGAGAAGAAGGCUGGCUCCUGCUCCCUCCCACUUCUCUGCCUUGAUGGGGGGGGGGGGGGGAGUAGGCGUACAGAGGACAGGACUGGUACUUGGUCCCAGCAGGCAGCAAGCACAGGAAUGCCUGGGACAUGAGGGGCUCAAGAAGUACAACUGUGAUACCAGUGAGUGAAUGCUGGCACUGUCUUUGCUGGCUGUGGGGACCAAGCGAGGUGCCUGGAAGUGACACAGGACAGAGAACAGGAAGUGCUAUAAGGGACAGCAGCAGAGAUGGCUAGCAUCAUUCAAGGGCCACAGUCCCCCCCCCCGCAAUGGCCCUCCAGCUCUGGGGCUUGCACCAGGGCAGCAGCACCCACAACCCACAGGUGCCAGGGACUGUGCACACAAGUGGGCGCAACAGGGAGAAAAUGGCCAUGCCCUAACCAGCCAUGGGCACGGGCCUCUGCUGCCCCCACAUGGCCAACAUGGGAGGAACCUGGAUCCCAGGUGCCCAAGAGGUGCCUGAGCUCCUCCUCCCCCAACCACCCAGCCCUGCCCCCUGCUCUCUUCUAUCCCUUAGAACUUUCCCACCCGAUCCCUCCUUUGCCAGUCUCCUUGCUUGACACCAUCACAGAACCUUGUAGUUUCCUUCUAGUUCAAGAGCUGCUUUGGCCCUGGCGGUGUGGUUCAGUUGGCUGGAGCACUGUCCAGUAAACCGAAGAUCACAGGUUUGGUUCCCAGUCAGGACACAUGCCUAGGUUGCAGGUUCAGACCAGUCCCUGGUCUAGGCAGGUGCAGGAGCCACCCAACCAAUGUUUCUCCCAGAUGUUUUAUCUCUCCCUCCCUUUCCCCCUCUCUAAAAUCAGUAAGCAUGUCCUUGGGUGGGGAUUUUUUUAAAAGCUACUUUAUAUAGACCCUUAAUUGCCUUCAAUGUCAAUACAGGCACAAAUAAUAUACAAAAACAAGACACAAAAUGUUCCAUCUCCAAGGAGGUUUUUAAAAAUUAUUCUGCACAGCAGAAAGAAAAAGUCCAGAGUGUAUCAAUACUCAAUCUCAAAACCUGUCUCCCAAGCAGGAGCCUUUUGAGCAAGACUGCCAGGUAAGUCAGGACUGCACCUGGGGGCUGGCAAGUGCCAAGACCAGGAGUGGGAGAGAGAGGUGGCAAGAACCCCACCCUGCUCCCAGAGUUAAUGGGCACCUCAACUCCUUGAUUUCUAUUAGCCUGAAAGUGAAACCAGAUUCUCUCCCCAGUUU